AUGUCGACCAAUAUUUGGAUUGCCACUGCUGACGACAAAAGGGAUGUUGUAAAAUCUCUCAUCGAAACGGGACGAUUUACUGCCAACUCUAAAGAUGCAAAUGGAUACACCCCGAUGCACGCGGCUGCAUCCUACGGCAACAACGAUCUGUUAGAGUAUCUAAUAUUAAAGGGUGGCGACGUGAAUAUUCAGGACAAUGAUGGAGAUACCCCUUUACAUCAUACAGAAAGUUUGGCUACGGCAAAGCUGCUUAUAGAAAAGAAUAACGCCGAUUAUACAGUUCGAAACAGUGAUGGCCAGACGGCAUUAGAGGCGCUACUAGACGACAACGAUUCUCCAGAAUUGAUACAAUAUCUACAAUCUUUGCAGACUAAUACUUCUGCAAGAGGAUCCUUGCCACUUCCUUUAAAUGAAAAUAUGUCGUUACCGAACGGGGAAGAGGUUAAAAUGUAUUUGUCUGGACUUAGAGAGGAAGAUUCACCUGAGUUGACGAAAAGAAGACAAGAAUUAGAACAAAUUAUGACCCAGGCGGACAUUUCAGAGUCUGAGAAGGACGAGCAGCUCAAAAUGUACGUUAUGAAUGCACUUUCACAAAAUAUACAGGGAAUAAAAGGCGAGGAAGAUGCCAGCACUGACCACAUGUCAAAGAAAAGAAGAUAG